AUGGAGAAAAAUACAAUUGAAUUGAAUUCCCCUGAAAUCCUCGACUUCGAGGAACAACUAGAAAAAUUUACGAUACGCUCUGGUAAACUGCAAGCAACCACCGACCGACCAUCCUCAUCAAGAAACUUCAAAGAAGAAACCGAUGUCAUUCCACUGUUGAUAAAAGACAUUCAUCAGCUUAAACUACCUGAUCGCAGCUUUGCUGAAAGUAUUUCCGCAUAUGGCGUUCUCUUCGGAUCGGUCUUGAUAUAUGGAAGGAUCACAUCCACUGGCGCGGGCGCAAACGGAAAGAUUCGCUAUUGCCUCGACGAUGGAACCGGAAUUAUCCAAGUGAGGCUUAUAAAAAACAACGCUCUCAAAGAACUACAUCGCCUUGAAAUGCAAUGCUACCGCACCUUUGGUAACAACAAGGAUCUCUACACCUGUGUCCAGAACAUCAUCAAAACAACCCGCAAACAGUUACUGGACGUUGGCCAACUCAAAUACGGAACAAAAGCGUUGCUCAUCGGUCGGCCACAUCGACUCUUCGACGAGGUUGUCUUCAGCUUGUUUGAAAUUAUUAUCGACACCGAAAAAUCCAACGAUUUGGAGAUUUCCGUGAAGAACUUUAUCGUCGAUUGGUACACCAAGCGCUAUAAAUCUCAUCGACUUGAUGAUCGACCCACACCGCAGCCGCCAACCACCGUCUCAUGA